AUGACUGAUCAACACAUACCGGCUUGGCAAAGGAUUGUGAUAAAACAGCAGCAGGGCAAAACUGAAGACAACGACUUUAUAGAUGAAGAUCCUCUGAACGUAACCACCCAUUUAGCAACUGGAACAUUGACGAAGAAGGAAAAGAAGCGUAUCAUAAAUGGUAGGAGUCUGGAAACGAGCAAAAAAAUCACGAAGAAAAAAGCUGAUGCUAACAGGAGAAGAGAUAAAUUGACCAAAGAAGAAAGAGAAGACAAAAGAGCAAAGACGGUUUUGAAGGAUCAACUACGUUACCUGAUCGAAUUCCACUUGCAUAAAAUCUCAGAUGAAAUACCAAAAGAAUUGCAUGCUCUACCCAAUGUUCAAAGUAAUUACCCCAAACAUAUGUUAGAUGACAGAAAAAAGAAAGAUACAGUCAUCGAGAUCUGGAAAUUCUCAAAACAAAAGCAAAACUGGUUAAUUAAGCAUUUUUUUACUAUUUCAGAAAUUCCAGUUGAAUAUGAUGAUAUUUUAAUGAAUUAUUUUGCAGAUUUAAAGAGUGACUUCCUGAGAAAUAGCUUAACAAGUAAAUGUUGGGAUAAGGUCAAGGAGUGGAACGACUUUGCAGAAAAAGAAGAAGAAAAUAUCAAACAUAUUGUUGAAGCUGACGAAAAGGAAGACAGCACAGAAGAACAGAAAAAUGAAAGUGACGGAAAGAAAGAGCAAAAAUCUGAUGCUGAGAAAGAAGAACUAAUAGUACCCCCAAACAAAGAUAUCGUAUCGCGAUGCGUGAAGCUGCUUGGGAUUUGGAAACUUGACGAGAAAGAUGGCAAGUUAAUUGAAUUAAAGAAUUUCUAA